GCCAGGGGCGGCGCCCACGAGCCCGCCCGCCGCCACCAUGAGCUGGGCCGCGCUGCUGGGGCUCCGGGGGCCGCGGCUGCUGGGGGCCGCCGCCCGCCCGGCCCGCCGGGGCCGGUGGCGCAGCACCGGUUGCGAGCCCCCGGCGGGCGCCGCGGUGCGCAUCGGCUGCGCCUCGGGCUUCUGGGGGGACACGGCCACCGCAGUGCCGCAGCUGCUGUACGGAGGGAAGCUGGAUUUCCUCGUCUUCGAUUAUCUCUCCGAAAUCACCAUGUCAUUGCUGACGGCUGCCAAAGCCCGGUCUCCCGGUUUGGGUUACACUCCGGAUUUUGUCUCCGCUGCCAUGGCUCCCUAUAUAAAAGAUAUUCACAGGAAAGGUGUUCGUGUCAUCAGUAAUGCUGGUGGAAUUAAUCCACUUGCUUGUGCAGCUGCCCUUGGGGAGGUGGCAAAGAAGGCAGAUGUUGAUUUGAAAAUAGCUGUUGUUGCUGGAGAUGACCUAAUGAGUGAGAAAGAGAACCUCAAAGGAGCUGGUAUCACUGAUACAGAGAGUGGCAAACCAUUUCCAGAGAGUGUUCAUAGCAUGAAUGUGUAUCUUGGUGCAAGACCAAUAAGCAGGGCUCUUGACCUUGGCGCCGAUAUUGUUGUGACGGGUAGAUGUGUUGACAGUGGGAUUGUAUUAGGACCACUCAUUCAUUCUUUUGGCUGGAAUAGGGAUGAAUUUGACUUGCUAGCUGCGGGAAGCCUUGCAGGUCAUCUCAUUGAAUGUGGUGCUCAGUGUACAGGUGGAAUAUUCACUGACUGGCAUGCGGUACCCGACUGGCACAACAUAGGCUUUCCCAUUGUAGAAUGUUCCUCUGAAGGAGACUUUAUUCUUUCCAAACCACCAGACACAGGGGGACUAGUAUCGUUUGGCACUGUAGCUGAGCAGUUGGUGUAUGAAUUGGGCAAUCCUCAGCACUAUCUUUUACCAGAUGUCACAUGUGACUUUUCCGAAGUUUCCAUCACUGAAAUUCCAGGUUUUGACGGUGGGGCAGUGAAAGUUCAUGGAGCAAAAGGAUCGCCUCCUUCAACGUUUUAUAAGGUAAAUGCCACUUACCUUGAUGGCUUCAGAGCUACUGCUGUCUGUCCGGUGGGAGGUCCAAAGGCAGUAGAAAAAGGAAGACGCACUGCGGAAAGUAUUCUGCAAAGGACUCGUCUUAUUUUCAGUCAGCUUGGGUAUGAAGAUUACAGUGCAGUUAACAUACAGGUUUUAGGGUCCGAAGAUACAUAUGGACCUCAUGCUAGAAGGAGUAUAGAUGGUCAGGGUCCUCGGGAAGCUGUUAUUUGGCUUGCUGUACACCAUAAGCAAAAAGAAGCUGUAGAGAUCUUCUCCAGAGAAAUUGCACCAGCUGGAACUGGCAUGGCACCUGGCCUCACUGGCAUUGUUGGAGGGCGCCCCAGAGUGUCUCCAGUUUUGAAGCCAUUUUUCUUCUAUUAUCCCAAAAGCAAUGUUCAGAUCAACCUGUUUUUAAAUGGUCAGCAUGUGGAGACAUUUGAGGAGGAUCUCACAUUUACGUCAGAUGAGGUUGUUUCCUCUGAUCCACCUAAGAGGAGCAGUGAAUUGAAAGACCUGCCAAGCGGUCCACAUACUUACCGCUUAGAAGAUCUUGCCUAUACUAGAAGUGGAGAUAAAGGCAAUUCUGCGAACAUAGGUGUGAUAGCACGGCAUCCCCUCUACUAUCCGUACCUAAAGAAAACUUUAACAGCCGAAGCCCUGGAGAAUUACUUCAAACACCUUUUAAAGCAAGAAGAACCUGUAAAAGAGCUGGUAACAAGAUACGAGUUGCCAGGAAUCCAUGGAUUAAACUUUGUUCUGAAGAAUUCCCUUGGUGGUGGUGGCAUAGCAUCCCUAAGAAGUGACCCACAGGGCAAAGCACUUGGACAGAUGCUGUUGGAUUUCCAGAUUAAAAAUGUUCCCGAUUUAAAAUCCCUGAUAGAGUAACAGGUGUUUAAUACAUAUGCUUUUAACACUGAGUGGUAUAAAAACACGUUAUAAACAAGAACGGGCUUCUUGAGUGAGAUAUAUUUUAGUGUGGGGUUGGUUGUUGGGGGUUUUUUUAAGUCAAAGAGUAGCAAUUAGUGACAGUUAUCUCUCAGAGGCUUAGCUAUAUGGCACAGAUUAGAAAAUGUUUUGAGUAAUACCAGACUAAUGGCUUUGUCUGUGACUGAUAACAUUUCCUGUGUGGAUAAUACAUUGGAUGAAGAAUUAAUUUAUUUCCUGUAAAAUAGAAUUAAUCACAUUGCAACAUAACAUUUAAUUAUGAGACGAGAUAAUCUUUGGUCCAAGAUGGAAAUUGUCUCCUGUUCAGUCCGUCUCGCUUUCCCUUCUCUCAAUCUUUAUUGGAAAAUUAAAUGGACCAGCGUCGUUGAGCUCGUGGCAGCUGCGUUUGUCCUGCACGCAGAGUGUGUCUGGGCAACCUGCUGUGCAUCGUGGCGGAGUCAGCACCGUCUGGUACUGGGUGACAGCCUUCCCCAGCGGGCAGUAAGGAAAAGUUGGCGUUGUUACUGUUCCAGAGUGACUGGUAGUAAAUGCUGACCUUUGGUGGUAAUCCACCGAGCUUCUAGCACUUUGCCCAAUUAAAGGCAGGCUUUAUUAUUACAGCUCCUAACAUCUCUUACUGAUUAAUCUAUCAGUUUCAAUUUACAACUUUCAACUGAUAGAUUAAUCAGUAAGAGAUUGCAGAUCUCUGUGUGGGAAUAAAUCUGGAGAUGAGGAGAGUGCAGUGAGCUAGUCCGCCUGCUCGUGCUCUCUCGUGGUGGUGCAUUCCUGGCAGGGAGGCGGUGCGCCUGGUGGUGGAGGGAUACCUCGUUUUGUUUCAGGGCUGUUAAGUCCUCGUUUGCUGCAGCAGAGUUCCACCUGGAUUGAAUUCUGGACUGUCAUUUGCAUUGCCCUUCCCACAGAAGGGUCCACAAACUUUCCACAGAAAGGUCUGUCUCCUGCUGCAAAGGAAUACCCUGUUUGAACGCAGCGUGCUCCAUCCCUUUCCGGAUUGCGCCAUCACCUCCCCGGCUCCCCUCCUGCACAACAUGACUGGCAUGUUCAAAUUCGGGUACUCCUGAACCUCUUGACCUGAUUAGGCAGAAACUUAAAAAUCUGUAUCAUACCUCCUGGGACAACAUUGUGGUGGAAAUUCUGGCCCAAUGACUAACUGUAUUUCUUCUGCAGAAGCCGUAGAAAUACUACUCCACAGGUUCAGGCAUUUUAUAUUCCCAAGCUAAUAUUUUCAUUUAUUUUGGGGGGACUGUAUUAAUUGUUUAGUGCUGACAAAAUGAGACUACUCAGAUAAAAUCAGGAAAAUGAGUAUUUUUUUGUCACCAAAACUGUUAGUUGUUCCUAAAUCUCAAUCUGUGCUAUCACUACUAUUAAUUUGCUAGUCUCUUGCUUGCUAAUGAGGACUAUAAAGUUAAUUGUUCCCACCUUUUCUGUGGUUUUGCUCAUUUGAAUGGAAGGUAUCGUAAGUGAACACUUUACCCAUCUAAAUAUAUUACUCUCUUAGCGAGUCCUAAGUGCUGUGUAUACAGCAUGAUUCAGUCUAGUUGUAAAAAAUGAGUCAUUACUUCAUUGCAGAAAAAUAUCUAACUUAACUUCAAAGGGAAAAUGGCAUGCUGGCUUUAUUAUGUUUACAGUUAUUGAUUGUUAGAAAACUCUUGUUAAUAACUUGGAAGCCUGUUAGUUUAGCAAGACACAGAGGUAUUGAAAGGAAACAAAGUGGGAGACCCAAGUAGCAAACCUACAAGGAUAAAAAGGCUACAGUAAAUAUUUGCAGUUCACUCGAUAAGCUGUUUAAGUGACUGUAACUGUGUAUACAAUUAUUUUUGAAUAAAAGUGAACAUUUAUGAAGUAUAAA